UGGAGCCCGAGGCGGAGCUUUGCAGGGUCGCAGCUGCAGAGAGCGGUCUCACGGCGGGUAGCAGCGCGUGUGUGCGGUCCUUUCGACGCUCGGUGCCCCACGCGUGUCCCGGAGAGGCUCAGCCCGGAGCGACCCGGAGGAAAGGACUGGUGAACGGAUUCGGGGUUGGCAGCCCGACUGGGCUGUAAGCGGCGCGGCGACACAUCCCCUGAGCCGGGAAGCCCUUGGGCACCGCGGCUCCUCCUGACCCUCGGGACCGGGCGCGGCUGGCGUGCGGGUUUCUCCAGCCCCGGCAGUCCCGCGUCCCCUCUGUCGCCCGCACCUGCGCGUCGCAGUCGGUCCCGCCCUCGGCGGCGGCAGCUCACCUGGGCGCAGCGCGGGCAGGGCGCCGCCUCCGGGACGCAGGUGGAGCGGGCAGGGCGCGGGCACCAUGAGCAGCGGCGCCAACAUCACCUAUGCCAGCCGCAAGCGGCGCAAGCCGGUGCAGAAAACAGUAAAGCCCGUUCCUGCUGAAGGAAUUAAGUCAAAUCCUUCUAAACGACACAGAGACAGGCUGAACACAGAGUUAGACCGCCUGGCCAGCCUGCUGCCCUUCCCACAAGAUGUUAUCAAUAAGCUGGACAAACUCUCCGUUCUUCGGCUCAGUGUCAGCUACCUGAGGGCCAAGAGCUUCUUUGAUGUUGCAUUAAAAUCCACCCCUGCUGACAGAAACGGAGGCCAGGACCACAGUAAAGCACAAAUCAGAGCCUGUCCGGAUUUGCAAGAAGGAGAGUUCUUGUUACAGGCGCUGAAUGGCUUUGUUCUGGUCGUCACAGCAGACGCCUUGGUCUUCUAUGUUUCCUCCACCAUCCAAGACUACCUGGGCUUUCAGCAAUCUGAUGUCAUACAUCAGAGCGUGUAUGAGCUUAUCCAUACCGAAGACCGCGCCGAGUUCCAGCGCCAGCUUCACUGGGCUCUAAACCCCUCACAGGGUGCAGACUCUGCAGCAGGAGUGGACGAAGCCCAUGGCACCCCACAGCCAGCAAUCUAUUACUCGCCAGAGCAGCUUCCUCCAGAGAACGCUCCUUUCAUGGAGAGGUGCUUCAGAUGCCGGCUGAGAUGCCUGCUGGAUAACUCAUCUGGCUUUCUGGCAAUGAACUUCCAAGGGAGGUUAAAGUAUCUUCAUGGACAGAACAAGAAAGGGAAGGACGGAGCACUACUUCCUCCACAGCUAGCUCUGUUUGCAAUAGCUACUCCACUUCAGCCUCCAUCCAUCCUGGAAAUUCGAACCAAAAACUUCAUCUUCAGGACCAAACACAAGCUAGACUUCACACCUAUUGGUUGUGAUGCCAAAGGGCAGCUUAUUCUGGGCUAUACAGAAGUAGAGCUGUGCACGAGAGGAUCGGGGUAUCAGUUCAUCCAUGCUGCUGACAUCCUACACUGUGCAGAGUCCCACAUCCGCAUGAUUAAGACUGGAGAAAGUGGCAUGACAGUUUUCCGGCUUCUGGCAAAACACAGUCGAUGGAGGUGGGUCCAGUCCAAUGCACGCUUGAUUUACAGAAAUGGAAGACCAGAUUACAUCAUCGCGACUCAGAGACCACUAACGGAUGAAGAAGGACAGGAGCACUUGCAGAAGCGAAGUAUGGCACUGCCCUUCAUGUUUGCUACCGGAGAGGCUGUAUUGUACGAGUUCUCCAGCCCUUUCUCUCCCAUAAUGGAUCCCUUACCCAUACGUACCAAAGGCAACACUAGCAGGAAAGACUGGGCUCCCCAGUCAGCCCCAAGUAAGGAUUCUUUCCACCCCAGUUCUCUUAUGAGUGCCAUGAUCCAACAGGAUGAGUCCAUCUAUCUGUGCCCUCCUUCGAGCCCUGCACCGCUAGACAGCCAUUUUCUCAUGGACUCUGUGGGCGAGCCCAGUAGUUGGCAAAACAGCCUGGCGGCCACAGGAAGUCAAACUGUGCUGAAACAUGAGCAGGUUGGACAUGCUCAGGACGUGAACCUUGCACUCUCUGGCGGCCCCUCAGAGCUCUUCCCAGAUAAUAAAAAUAAUGACUUGUACAACAUCAUGAGGAACUUAGGGAUUGAUUUUGAAGAUAUCAGAAGCAUGCAGAACGAGGAGUUCUUCAGAACUGACUCCUCUGCUGAGGUUGACUUUAAAGACAUCGACAUCACGGAUGAAAUCCUGACCUACGUGCAGGAUUCUCUGAACAAUUCAACUUUGCUGAGCUCAGCUUGCCAGCAGCAGGAGCAGCAGCAGCAGCAGCAGCAGGAGCAGCAGCAGCAGCCAGUGACUCAGCACCUCAGCUGUAUGCUGCAGGAGCGCCUGCAGCUAGAGCAACAGCAGCAGCUUCAGCAGCACCCAACUCAGGCCCUGGAGCCCCAGCGUCAGCUCUGUCAGAUGGCGCGCCCCCAGCAAGAUCUGGGACAGAGAACGAAGCACAUGCAGGUCAACGGCAUGUUCGCCAGUUGGAGCCCCACCCCUCCCGUGUCUUUCAGCUGUCCCCAGCAGGAGCUAAAGCACUAUGGUCUCUUUUCCACCUUACAGGGGACUACUCAGGAAUUUCCCUACAAGUCAGAGGUGGACAGUAUGCCUUACACACAGAACUUUGCUCCCUGCAAUCAGUCUCUGUUACCAGAAUGUUCCAAGGGUGCGCAGUUGGACUUCACUAGAAGGGAUUUUGAACCGUCCCUGCAUCCCACUACUUCGAAUUUAGAUUUUGUCAGUUGUUUACAAGUUCCUGAAAACCAAAGGCAUCGGAUAAACUCACAGUCAGCCAUGGUCAGUCCGCAGGCGUACUAUGCUGGGGCCAUGUCCCUGUAUCAGUGCCAGCCUGGGCCUCAGCUCGCCCCCGUGGACCAGAUGCAGUACGGCCCUGAAAUCCCAGGCUCCCAGGCCUUUCUAAGUGAGUUUCAGAGUCAGGGUGUUUUAAAUGAAACCUAUUCGCCCGAUUUGAGCAACGUCGGCCACGCUCAGACUGCUGCCCAUCUCCAUCACAUGACCGAAGCCCGCCCUCUUCCUGAUAUCACACCCAGUGGAUUCCUGUAGCUCCGAGGCCCGGAUGAAAUUCAUUCAGGAACAGGAUACCCGAACUGUGAGGGCUGGACAUCUUUCUCCAAAGCAGAUUUCAAUCCUUGUGUUUAGAAAAGGAGUUUAGAACCAUACCUGAAAUGUAGGUAUAGAUGUUACCUAUGAGAUGGGAGGCUCCGUGCCAGCACCGGGAGAGGCUGUAUUGCAUGCGCAUGCGUGGAGUUUCAGCACCUUGGAGUGCAUAAUGCUUACUGUGGAGAACUCUCUUCCCUGCCCAGUAACUUCAGCCAGGGGAAGAAACAGUGAAGUAUCUUGAGCUUUGAACUUCUGGAUUCUUGUUAGUAUACCAAAUACGGAGUUACAGGACUAAUCCAUUUCCUAUAUUUUUAACCUCUGUUUUUGUCCCAGAUAUUAAAAAAAAAAAUGGUUUGGUGCUUUUAUCAAAAGAAAAUCUCAAUGUUUUCCUUCUGCACUAUUAAUAUAAGUGCCUCACAUUUUUAUUUUUUCCUAUCUACCUGUAACACAAUAGGGUAUGUAUUUUAUAUGAAAUAUUUUUUAUCGUUUCUGAAUUAAUAUUCUUUCUGAACACAGAAAGUUUCCCAAAACCCAACAUUUUUUAUGAACCCAGGUGUGUUUUACUGCACUACUCACCCUUUUCUUAAGAUAAAGGGCAAAUGAUAACUGAAAGGUAACUAUUUAUUGUGUAAUAUACUUGUUUCUGUGCGUUAGAUGUUCCUCUGUGCCUUAUGUUGAAAAAUUUGAAAAUAACAUGUUGCCAAAAUUAUUUAAUUAUUAUAUCCUGUUAGAGAGUAGCACUUGUAUUUUAAGGUGUUUUCUGAGAAGUGUGAUAACACCACUACUGGCUUUUCUUUAAACCCCCAGGAUGAGACCAGAAGGCCACCAUAGGAAAUGCUAAUGGUGACUGUGUCCUUCAGGCCGCAGUGGAGGGAGGUGGAGUUUGUGGAACUAGUUAGCUAAAUUAAGCAGAGCACUCAUUUUAUUUGGUCUAAAUUAUCUUUAAAAAAGAAAAAAAAACUGUCUUGGGUCUGUAGUCCUGUUCAUGAUAUUGACUCUAUAAAUUCCACUUCUUAUACUAGUGGAAGCUAUCCGGUUUUUCUCCUAUCUGAGGAGUGUUAAGAUGGAAGGCGCCAUGUUUGGUGCAAGGUAUUUUAAUGACUGAAGUAAAUGGUGCGUUGUAUAAAUGGAACGAACAAAAUAAUCUGUAAAAUAUUUUCAGUUUUCAUUUAAGAAUAGUUCUUACCUCAUGCUUUUUUUUUUUU